GCAGCGUCCUGCGCAAGUGUGCUCAAAAAGUCUACGACCAGUCCAAACAAACCCAUCCCUGAAUGGCUCCCUCGCCCGUCAGAUUCUUGACGCCAGAGUCCCUGGACCAGGAGAGCUGGAAACUGCCCAGCCCUGCACUGCCCAACCACUCAAUUCCCCACGAAGACACUAUAUACAGCAACGACCCCUCCUUCUCGCAGGCCAAUGCGGAUUCGGUGGCGUCAUUCGAGCAGCGUGUCGCGUCCGCGCAAAUGCCGCCGCCAGGCCCGGACUACUUCUACGCGCAACGAUCACUGUGGUGGGAGCCCUCCGUGACCCCACUGCAGUCACACGAGGCGUCUACAUCCCGUCGCAAAUUGGAGGAUCUACUCAACCAGGACGAUGCGGCGGAGAGCGACGAUACAUGGAGAGCAGGGUUAGGAAAGGUGUACCGCGCUUUGACCAGCGGAGCGCGGUUGAGGAAACGUCUGCCCCUGGGCAUGGUGGUUAAGAUCCUCAUGUCAGGAUGGAUCCGCGACGGUACAUGGCCUCGAGGGGGUAUUGCCCCAGAUCCGGAUGACGAACUGCCGCCGCCACCUGAAGACACCGGAUACAUGGCGCCAUCGUACACGACUACCCCGAACGUCAUGUCGAGAGCAGUCUCUCCAUGGUCCCCACAAGAUAGUAUCAUGGGUACUCCUCGUGAUUUCUGGGCUAGGUGACCAGAGAUCUGUCCGCUACAUUCCAACACACGCAGAACAUGUUCGAGAUACCCAUACCUACAUACCGGAAGCUCAUGAUUGUAAU